UGAUCUGAUGAUCGCACGCUGGGGACGCGGUACGUAGCAUGCCCAGGGAAGCCACGCAGCCCGUGCCGACGUGCAGCUAGCUAACCCGGCCGCCGACGCGCGCGCGCUUAGUAGUAAUAGUUUUCUCCCGCCACGCCGGAGAGGGAAACGGUCGGUCGAGGAGAGGAAGAGGACGGAACGCAGGCAUGGCAGCGCAGGAGGCGUCGCAGGCGCUGCGGUGGCGCUACGGCGACGUGGACGACGGCAACUUCUCCGUGCGCGGCGGCCGCGGCGUGCCGCUGCUCGCGACGCUCUUCGCCAUCCUCGUCUUCUUCGUGGGCGUCUGCAUCUACCUCCGCUGGGCGUGCCGCCGGUACAACCCCGACCCAACGCUUCCCAGCUCGUUUUCCUACUCCUCCUCGUCGCCAUCGUCGUCGUCCGUUGCGGCGCCCGGUGCCCCCUCCUCGGUGGCAGGCCUCGACGCCGCCGCGAUAGCCGGCUUGCCCGUGACGAUGUACCGCCCUUCUCCGUCGUCGGCGUCCCCUGGUGGCGAGGACGACGCGGCGCAGUGCCCGAUAUGCCUCGGCGAGUUCGCGGAGGGCGAGAGUGUGAAGGCGCUGCCCCGGUGCGGGCACUGCUUCCACCCGGAGUGCGUGGACGCGUGGCUGUGUUCGCAUCCCAGCUGCCCGGUGUGCCGGGGCUCGCUUCUCGCCGAUACCUCCACCAUCAAAACUGUGGACGCAAGCGAGGCUGUCUGAUCGACCCUGCCAUUCUCGGCACCAAGUGUGGGAACUGCACCGCUCAGCGACACUGCGACUUGGUACAUUGGAGCACCGCCAAAUUACAUUGCACUGACCGAUGGCUAGCUGCUGCACGUACGCGCCACGGCGCCAGUGUUCAGGCAUGGUUGAUUGGUGGUGACGGAUCAUUUUUGCUGAGUGUUUAUUUUGUCUUCCAACGGAUCAUUUUUGCUUAGUUAAUAUGCAUGCCAGUGAGUUUUUAUGGGCGUUUGAUAUUGCCCACCACAAUAAUUGAAACGACCUGCAUCUUUCCC